AUGCAGGCCACGACGAGGAUGCGCCUGGCAGGUAUAGGUCCGUACACUAAACUCACACUGAAAUGGGCCGGUCCAUUGAUGGUGCAAGACUGUGUUAGUACUGGCUCUGCCCUUGACCUACUCGGAACAACGGCUGACUUAUCUUCUAUUACUCCGCAGAGACAUAAUGGGAGGCUGCGCAAUACCUAUGACGCCUCGGUGGUCCUGAACCAGAUCGACGGCCCAGUCAAUGUCACCUUGGUCCAAGAAGUUACUGCAGGUGCCGAAUACCCUACAGGACAACUCCACUUACAUGGAGUAGUUGUGCGUGGUCAGUCCCAACCAUCAAUGCGCCUGGUAAUUGAACACGAGGAAGCUGUAGGUGCUUACUGGGCAGAUACAUCAAUGGGUCCAAGCCCAGGCCUAAACGUGCUAGGCAGAGGAAUGGUUCUUAGUGACUCGCUGGUCAGUCUGGCCAUCUCUGGACAGAAAUGGAGAGUAGCUGCCGUAAUGCAUAGAGAAUGGGAUAUGCAAGCUGUAGGUCUCGACGGGACACCUGGUUCAGUAGUUGCAGGUCAACUUCUUUUGCUGAGGGGUACUGUGUUGAGCAUGAAUGGAAGUAACGGCAGAUGGGUCGUAAAGGUCGUUGUGAAGAACAUCUCGCCUUUCGGGUCUGAGGCACCUAUCUCUAGCUAA